GUACGUCGGAACUAGUUAUUUAAUAAUGACGAGUUCUCCGCGGGCCUCAUCGACUCCGAUCGAAUUUGGUAGUCAAUAUGAAUCCGAUGAAGAAAGUGAACAUGAUUUGGAAACGGCACCGUUUAUUUUGAAUAGAGGCGUAGGUCGGGAUGAUAGCAUGUCAUUUCCCAAUACGCAUAGUAGUAAGCAUGGAUCUUGGUUAAUUUUCAAAACACGACUUAGAUAUUACGUGCCAGUUUUUCGUUGGCUACCGGCCUAUUCAUUUGAGACAUUUUGGGGCGACUUUGUGGCCGGCAUAACUGUAACCGCUAUUCUCUUGCCUUCGUGCAUAUCAUUUUCUGUUCUUGCGAAAUUACCACCGGUUCAUGGAUUAUACUCUAUUUUAAUACCGGGAGCUGUAUAUGUUUUCCUUGGAACCUCGAGACAAUUGGUCAUGGGUCCCGAGGCCCUAGUCUCUAUGCUUAUAGGUUCCUCCGUGGCACAACAACAAAAGUACACUGGUCAUGAGGGAGAUGUUGAUACGGCCAUUGCUAUCGCCGGAUUAAUUACAUUCUUUGUAGGAAUCUUGACAUUCAUACUUGGUAUAUUUCGACUAGGAUUCUUGGAUUCGGUUUUGUCGCGAGCAUUACUGCGAGGAUUUAUUUCUGCCGUGGCGAUUGUCAUUAUAAUAGAACAAUUCUUAAUUAUGCUUGGGUUAACCGAAAUUGCCACUCUAGAUGGCAUUGGUCAUGCAUCAUCAACACUUGAGAAAUUCAUUUACAUAAUCACCCACAUUCACCAGGCGCAUGGACUUACGGCUAUUGUGGCAUUUUCGAGUCUGACUUUCCUUUUGGUUUUCAGAGCUUUAAAAUUAAAACUGUCGAAACAUUACCCUCAAGCUCAAUUCAUACCUGAGAUCCUUAUCUGCGUCAUUGUCUUCACUAUCCUUUGCUCAUUCUUCAGAUGGUACGAAGGUGGCGUAAGCAUUCUCGGACAAAUAAAGGGAGGUGGAUUUCCUUCGUUUCGAAUUCCCAAUCCUCCUGCCGCAGCACACUACAAGGACUGUUUCGAGACUGCUGUCUUAAUAUCGGUCGUUGGAUUUGUGGAAUCAAUUGUAAUCACAAAGACCUAUGCAACAAAAUACAAUUAUUCCGUUAGCGCCAAUCGUGAAUUAGUUGCUCUGGGUGCGGCUAAUCUAAUUGGCAGUCUCUUUCAAUGUUUUCCCGCUUACGGUGGUAUGGCUAGGAGUAGCAUAAAUGAUAGAGCAGGCGCCAAAACCCAACUGUCGGGUUUAAUCAGUUGUUCUUUUGUUUUGUUAUGCUUGUUCUUCCUCCUCCAGCUAUUCCAUUAUUUGCCAAAGCCAGUUCUAGCAGCCGUUGUUUGCGUGGCAGCGCUGACACUAUUGCACGAACUCCCUCAUGAUUUGUAUUUUAUGUAUAAAAUAAGAGCGUGGAAUGAUUAUGCUUUGCUUUUUUUGACUUUCUUCACCACGAUUUUUGUAUCAACUGAAUAUGGAACUUUGAUUUCCGUGGCAUUAUCCCUAGUGCUCGUGGUCAAACAUUCCACAUAUCCGCGAAUUACCAUACUGGGCCGGGUUGGAAAUACCAAUGAAUUUAAGCCUAUCAAAGAUUUUCCUGGUGAGGCUGAGCACAUAGCGGGUGUACUUGUGGUUAGAAUUGCAGAGCCUCUGUACUUUGCUAAUACCGGACAGCUCAAGGACCGAUUAAGGAGGUUGGAAGAAUUUGGUGAUAUGCGCGUACAUCCCUCCGAAGAUGCUAGAAUGUUACCAAUUGAAAAUGUAAUAUUUGAUAUCGAGACAAUGGAAGAUUUGGAUGCUAGUGCCGCGCAAAUUCUUUGUGAAAUUGUUGAAUCCUAUCACCAGCGUGGUGUCAACGUGUUCUUUGUAAAAUUACAUGCAAAUCAAAAGAAGAUGUUUGUUCGCGCGGGUUUGUGGGAUAAAGUUGGGGAAGAUCAUUUCUUCCGACGUAUUUCUGACGCGUUAGAUCUCAUCUUGGAUUAUUGA